GCGUCUUUGCGGAAGUGCUGCUCUCUGCAGGGAAGCGACGGGCUGAAGCGCUUAGCCGCUUUUUAGUUCUCUUCGAUCACGAGCCAGAUGCGUUGUGAAUUUUAAAAAAUGAAACCUGUGAUCCUAUAUGUUUUGAUUGGUUCGUGCUUUUGGCUUGGUAUCUUUUCUACAUUCGCUAAAUGUACUUUAGCCAACGGGAAUGAACACCCUCAUACGUGGGGAAAAUUAUACUUAGUGCAUCACUGGCCUGUGACUGUAUGUAAGAUGAAUGAAAAUGAAUGCAAAGACCCGGUAAUGUACUGGACUAUCCAUGGAUUCUGGCCUGAUAAAACAGAUGACUGUAAUAGAACCUGGCACUUCAAUAUAUCUGAGCUUCAGGAUCUUAUGGAAGACAUGAGGGAAUAUUGGCCAGAUGUACUUCAUCCUAAUCAUACCUAUUUCUGGAAGCAUGAAUGGGAGAAACAUGGGACUUGUGCAGCAACACUGGAAGCACUUAAUUCUCAGAAAAAGUACUUUAGUAAAACACUGGAACUCUAUAAAAAGCUUAACCUUAACAAUUAUCUGUUGAAAGUGGGAAUAAAACCAGGCAGUACCUACUACCAGAUGGAAGACAUCAGAAAAGCUCUUUUAAGUGUUUACAGCGUAAUACCAAAGAUACAGUGUCUUCCUCCAGAAGAGGGUCAACUACAAAUACUUGGUCAGAUUAAAUUCUGUCUCACCAAGGAGUUUACGCUGAGAAACUGCACAGACUCAAAGGACAACUUUUACUAUGAAGAUGACUUCUUUCAUACGGAAGAUCUGUCAAACUGCAAUGAUACUUUGACGUAUUAUCCUUUACAUGUACAUACUCAGUCAUACACCUCUGCAAAUGGUACUAAAAUUUAGCAAAGUAUGCAAUGAUGUUUGGUGGGGAAAAAACCUCUUCUUUUAACUCAAGAAUACUGUGAAAUUUCAUUUGAAAUUUGAAAUGUUUAAGUUCUCUUUCCUUCGGAUGUAUCAUGCACAAAUGAUAAUAGUGGUAUCAAAGAGCAUUCGUUUCUGUGGACUACCUCUUUUCAUUUGUACUACUAAAGUGCCAUUACUUCUUUGUUUUUAAAGCAAAAUUUAUACAUUUUAGUUUUUCAUUCUUCAAUUUGAGGAGUUCUAAAUAGUCUUACCUGUCAGUGAUUCAGUAAAGCAGACUUGCUAGAUGAUAGGUCUCAUGUUUUUAUAUAGUAAUUUUAUGUUUCAGAAAAAGCAUGAAACUUUUUUUUCCAAAGAACUUUGUCAUUUCUGCUGUUUGAAUACUGGCACCAAUGAAGGCUCAAUAACCAUAUUGCUUCUUCCAGUGAUUUUUUUUGAGGAUUGUCCCUUUCAAAGUAAUUCACUGACCUAACUGUACCCACAACCAGAGUGAGUGAUCAGUGUAUUCCCUUGAAGCAGCAAACACCAUGUAGUAAUCAGCUGGUAGACUAGCAAGCUACUUCUAAUUGCAUUAGGAACGGCGGUAAUGCACAGCUUGUUUUCUACAAAGUAUCAUCAUUGAAAUGAAUGUAAUUGCUCCUGAAAUUACUGUUCCAAAAACAUGCCUACUACCUUUACAGUAAUACUAGGUUUUGGCCUGAGGCAGAUUAUCAGCUCUUAUUUGUUAAGAACCUAUAUGUGUUCUUUUCAAAGCCUUUGUUGUUAAUUCUGAAAGUAUUCAGUGAUUCCUUGCUGUGUGCCAAGACUCAGCCUUCCUUUUAACAUCGAGACCUGAUAAUGGUAUUAUCCUAUAAGAAGGUUCAUCUCUAAAUAUUAUACGGUAGCAAUCUGCAAUAUUGUAGUGUGUGACAACUCCUUUUCCAUUUUUAUCUCCUAGUUUAAGGUUCUUAAUUGCAUUAUUUGUAGCUUGUUGAACUGUUGCAGGCUGAAUAAGAAGAGAACUGAUAAUGGUCUUAAGACAUGUACCACCUAACUCCAUUGUAGUGAUUUAUGCUGUAAUUUUUUUAAAAAUGAAUUGCCAGAAUCAAUUGCAGAGGAUGAAAUUAUUCAAACAAAACCUUGUACCUUCAAACCUUUUGCUUCUUUCCCAGUUCUAUUUGUAGCCUGCAUUUUCAGUUCUCAGUUCCAUGUGUGAGUUUCAAAAUCAUUUGAUAUUAUGUACUCUAAUUUUCACAAUCAAAACCAAUUUGAAAAGAUUCAGUGUUCAUUAUUUCCUGAUAGACUUUAUCACUUUUAAACAGAUGGAGCAAAGGAAAUAGCUGAUACAUGUGAAAAGCUGUUGAAUACACAUCAGCCACACUGUUUCAAGCAGCAUUCAUCUUGAGCAUUGUCAUAUCGGGUGUUUAUUUUUAAUACGCUAGUGAGGAACAAUUAUGUGUUGCUUUUAAAUCUAUAAUUUCAGUAAGCUACAAUUGCCUUAAAUGGAGCUCUGCACAGAUACGAUUUUUUCUCUGUAUAUAGCCCAGGACACUUUUUAUCAAAAAAACAAAACAAAACAAAAAACUGUCCUUAAAAUAUGGUUUAAUCUUGCUUCUCUGUAAUAAAAUUUAUUUACUGUCAUUUUUCUAAUAACUUCUAAAAUAAAAUCCAAUAACACACACUACAAA